AUGUGAUCCUAUCCAUCUGCUUCAAUUUUUUGCACUACUUCUUACCUCUUACUUUUGCGUAGGCCUCCGGCUGGGUGUGGUGGUGAUAGUAACAGGGAAGGGGUGGUAUUGCAAUUGUUUUCUUGACAGUCAAGAAAAGGCAAAUUCCUACCCCAAUCCUGGUACCAUCUAAGCCACAUUGUUUAAGGAGAAGGGAUAUACUGAUACAAGGAUUCAGGUCAGGUCAGGAGUUUUGGGCAUUGGCAUUCUCAGAAUCAACAACUUUUGACAAUGGAGGAAACCCCUGCAGUCACAGCCAUUGCCAUUGACAGCGAUAGGAAUAGCCAACUUGCUGUAAAAUGGGCGGUGGACAACCUGUUGAACACCGGCUCCAAAUGCUUCCUCAUUCACGUUCGAAGCCAGAGCUUGCAUACGCAGGAUUUUGAAGCCGCGCCUAAGGAAGGUCGACCACCAUCUGAAGCUGAGUUGAAACAAUUCUUCCUCCCUUACAUAGGAAACUGUGCUCGAAAAGGGAUCCAAUCACAUAAGGUGGUCCUCCAUGACAUUGAUGUUCCCAGUGCUCUGGUUGAUUACAUCAAUGACAACAAUAUUGGAAAUAUUGUUGUUGGUGCUUCAAGAAGGAACGUUCUUACGAGGAAACUCAGAAAUCCGAAUGUGCCAACCAGCUUGCUCAAACUUGCACCAGAAUCCUGCACAGUAUAUGUCAUAUCAAAAGGAAAAGUUCAAAUUUCCCGAUUAGCGAGUAGGUCUCAAACAUCCCAAGACAGCAAAACUGCACACAAGUCACGACGUGUGAAAGCGUUUCUGUCUAAAUUUACAUUUGAUAGCCCACAGAUUGAAGUGUUAAGCAGAGCCACACCCAACAAUUUCCAUGCCUCAUGGCCACUGGCUCAUAGUUGCUCGUACAGAACUGUUUCAAGCUGUAAAGGCAGGAAUUACAGAACUGUUUCUGAUAGAAUCAGUGAUUCCUUUCAAGUGACACCACAUGACAAGUUGAAGACAAAUAAUGAUGUUAAAUCAACUAAACUUUCAACGGGAAGACAAACACCAGAAUCCCUUAAUAGAAUUUCCAUAUCAGAGAGCAGUAAUUUUUCAGGGCCUCCAAGUUGCCAAUCAACUGAUACAUCUGGUCAUAAUUCAAACUGUACAGCAGAGGAUUCCAGUUCUUUGGCCUCCCUGACCCCUAAAGGAUUGGAUACUGAGAUGAGGAGACUUCGGCAAGAAUUGAAGAAAUCCAUGGAAAUGUUUAACUUGGUUAACAAAGAAGCUGUUGUGGCAAAAGAAAAAGCAAGGAUGCUUCAGGCAUGGAAAGCAGCAGAAGAGCGCAAGCUAGAGGAAGCAAGGCUUGCUGAGGAAGCAGCAAUGGCUUUGGCAGAGGCAGAAAGGCAAAAAGCCAAGGCCGCCAUGGAAGCAGCACAUAUGGCACGACGUUUAGCAGAUAUGGAAGCACAGAAGAGAAAACUUGCAGAAUUGAAGGCCACUCGUGAGGAAGAAGCAAAAAAGAGAGCACUAGAUCAGUUGGCUAACAAUAAAGCUGUUUAUAGAAAAUACACUAUCGAUGAGAUUGAAGCUGCAACAAAUCAUUUUGCAAGCGCAAAUAAGAUUGGUGAAGGAGGAUAUGGACCUGUUUUUAAAGCCACCCUUAAUCACACUGAUGUUGCCAUCAAGGUCUUGAGGCCAGAUAUAUCACAAGGACAGAGGCAAUUCCAACAAGAGGUUGAGGUUCUAAGCUGCAUGAGACAUCCACACAUGGUUCUGCUCAUAGGUGCCUGCCCUGAGUAUGGAUGUUUAGUUUAUGAAUACAUGGAAAAUGGCAGCUUAGAAGAUCGGCUCUUUCGUAAAAACAAGACUCCCUCAAUCCCAUGGAAAACCCGGUUUAGAAUAGCUGCUGAAAUUGCCACAGGCCUUCUGUUCCUUCACCAAACAAAGCCAGAGCCACUGGUACAUCGUGAUCUCAAGCCUGCAAACAUUCUCUUAGACCGGAAUUAUGUGAGUAAGAUUAGUGAUGUUGGUUUGUCCCGACUAGUUCCAGCAUCUUUUGCAGAUAGUGUCACUGAAUAUCAAUUAACAGAAGCUCGGGGAACAUUUUGUUACAUUGACCCAGAGUAUCAGCAAUCAGGAAUGCUAGGUGUAAAAUCAGAUUUAUAUUCAUUUGGUGUCGUUCUAUUACAGCUGAUAACCUCAAUGCCACCAGUGGGACUGACAAUCCAUGUUCAGAAGGCAAUUGAGAAAGGAACCUUUGCAGAAAUGCUUGAUCCAACAGUACCAGAUUGGCCUGUUGAAGAUGCUUUAUCAUUAGCAAAACUCGCUUUACAGUGUUGUGAGCUAAGGAAAAGGGAUAGGCCAGAUCUUGAUUCAGUUGUGUUGCCAGAGCUGAAUCGCCUUCGGGAUCUUGCUUUUGAGCAUGAAGCCAACAACAGUGAGAAAUUUGCAUAUGAGGCAUGCCCUCGUAAUUCAGUUCCACAGAUUGGAUCACAAGAAAAUCAGAUCACUGUAAGAAGCGGAUGGCAACACUUUAAGUCUAGGACCAGAAUAUGGAAGGCCAGUAUCCUUCCAUCCAACGGGAGACCUGCAGGAAAGUCGAACAAGAAACCCGGUCAUGAAGUAGGUUGUUGGUCGUUCAUAAAUUGCUCCGGGGCUCCUCAGCAGCUGAGAAGAGUGAAGUCAUUUUCAUCGUAGAAGAUGAAAUUGUUGUGGUGCCUGAUCCUGUCUAAAGCGAACCUGGAGUUCUGGAGUCAUUCUAGGUAUCACCGUGAAAAUUUUCCCAUGGAAUAGCUGUUGUUCGUGGUUCUAUUUCCCUUUCUUCUUUCCAAUAUGGAGAGGCUCGGAGGAGAUGUCCUUUGAUAGAAACCUACCUAAUUUGAUCCUGCAGAUUGUCUGAACAACUGUAGGACAGUAAGUUCAGCUAGAGUUACUAGUUUUUUUAAUGGUUGUUGGAUAAGCAGCAAUAAUACUUUUUUUUUUUUUUUAUAAAGAGAUUGCAACAACUUCAAACAUAUUGGAUGAAACCUUUUAAAAAUAACUGCAUGAAUCAAUUUCAGCUUCA